AUGCGUGAGGAGUUAAUUAUUCAGGCCCAGGCAGGGGAAGGAAGACUAGUCAGAGCGCUGCUCCCUGUUGCUUUCCCAGCUCUGAGGGAGGACAACAGACAAGACGCGGGCCGGGGGAGCGGAUCUGUCAGACGGGAAGAGAAGACGUCGGCGCGGCGGAGGAGAUGAGCGCAGAGGGGAAGACAGAUAAGGACCGCCACCGCCGCGCUGCCGGCGAGAUCCAGGGCGGAGAGAAGAUGGAGGAGCUGGAUUCCUCCCAGGUCGUCGGUAGCGGGUGCGUCUGGUUUUGCCACACUCCUCCUUCCCCUCUCUUUUUCCGCUCCUUCUCUCGCGAGGCAGCGAGGGGCUCCGUUGAUACCCUUGCCGCCGCGUGAAAUCGGGCGUUGUUCGCGCGUAGGGUGGAUCCGCUAUGAAUUCUGUUUCCCCUCCUGUUCUUCUCUUUCCUUCCUCUUCCUCGUCCUAUUUAUCAUUCUUUCUUUUUUCUCUUUUUUCGAUUUCAUUCGACUGCUUCUCGGAAAUUGCGCUGAUUUUUUUCUCUGCCGCCUGUUCCGACUCUGGAGGUCUCCCCCUGCUUCGGCUGAUGCUCCACCGCCAACAACGGACAGCAAUCCCAAGCAGCUUACCAUCUUUUUCAACGGAGAAAUCUGUGUCUUAGAGGACAUCCCGCCCGAGAAAGUAGGGCACUCUCCUCUCAUCCCCAGCUUUACCCUCCGCGACCCUGUUUAACGAUUUUCCUCUCUGGAGGUUCGUCCUAAUCCCUCGCCGUUACAGGUUCAGGCGAUCCUGAUCAUUGCUGCCGCCACCGCAGCCAGGGCAGCGUCUCCCUCGGCCACCAGCAGGUGGUCGAUGAAGGCGGCUUCCCCCUAUUCUGCCGCUAGUACUGCAGUUGCUGGCGCCAAUACGGCUGCCUCACUUCUGUUGAGUAGAUCGCCGUCCUUUCAGAGCUCGUCAGUGGCAGUGGGAGGAUUAUCCCCUCGGAACUCGGAGCUGCUCCCCAAUCCGGGCGGCUCGCUCUUCAAGCUGCAAGCGGGUAGACCUCAUGAGAGGCGUUCGAGCUUUGCUUCAUUCCCUAUUCAUUCCCUCCUGAUCGAAUUCCUCCCGUUUUCGGGGAUAUUUCCUUCUUUGUAGCUCGUCGACCUAAGAAAUGAGCUGGUCCUCUUGUCUUUCUCCCCAGGGCUUCCACUCGUGAGGAGAAGCUCGCUUCAGCAGUUCUUGGAGAAGCGCCGCGACAGGUAAAAAUAUCUCUUUUAUUUUUUAAUCCUCGCCAUCCUCGCCAUCCUCGCCUGCUCUGUGUUGCUCCAAGCUUUUUUGCACAUGGAUGACUUUCCUGUUAGAGGAUGUCGUUCGAUCUGCCUUGAGAGGGGGGGCGAUUUGAUUUUAAAUCUGACACUCGGUCUCGAUGGAUUCAGAUAUCCUAGGAGAGGAUCUGAAUGUUUUUUCUAUGAAAAGGCAGAUUAUAUCAUAACAUCUUGAGAGAUCGAGAGAGGGAGAGAGAUAUGGACAGGGUGGUUUCUCAACCAAGAAAUAUGUGUCAUCCUGGUCUGUUGAAGGCUCGACGGGUUUUCGAGAAGACCCUUGAGAAGGCACGAUUUCAAGAAGCAGAAUGAGUUCUCAGCUUCAUUUUUCACAGUGGUGAGAAGAUCGCAAGCCUAGCUCGGCCCACAGACAAAACCUCUGCAAGGAAAGAAGAGAAGAAUCGCGUCAUACCUGAUCUCUAGAACAAAUGAAAACGAGGAUGAUCAGCUUUCCACAAUUCAUCUCUCAUUAGAAAAUUAUGCGAGGCGUAUUAUGCCCAGGAGGAGCUCUGGACUUCAUCGGCCGGCAAAGAUGAGGAGACAACCUUGGUAAAGCGACCAUCUCUGCACGAUGGCGUGCCAAUUUGAGAGACUUCAUGCUUGCUUCGGGUUAGGGUAUGAAAAGAGUCUGCAACUCCCCAUUCACUGUCCCUGCAGGUUCCACCCCGUGCGCUUUCCUCGAAGCGGCAUAUCUUCAUCGUACACUCUUCUGCUUCUGCCGUUGCUGUCGCUGUUCUGGGCAGAGCAGACGGGAAUCGAAAGUUAGAUAUCAAAGAUGGCAUCUUUUUGCCUAGUCGAUCGGUCCCGUGUGGAAAAUCAGCGGGACCCGAGAGGAAAAUCAAUCACCGUCUGGGUGCUUCUGGUUUUGGUCAUCUUCUGGUGAGCUCAUGCAGCCUCAAUGGUUGGAUGUGCGGUUGAUGAUACUUGGCCUGCUUCUGCUUUCCUAACUGACUCCUUGCUUCUGCUUCUGCUUUCGAUCUGCCAAUGGUUGAGUAAGAUCUGAGGAACUCGCAGGGUAGAUGGUUAAUAUACCCGCAUGAUGCCGCCGCAGCCGCCUCCUCUCGCCUCUGUUGUUCUGUGUUUUCUGUUGGCCCGGCGGAGGUAGUUGAUUGUGUGUGUUUUACGGCUGGCAGGCUGGUGAGCAGGGCACCGUACGUGGCUCCCACGAAGACCAAGGACUGUGGCUCCCACGAAGGCGCCGACAGCCGCGAGUCCACCCCUUCGGGAGCUUCGUGA